UAUGCAUGCACAUACGCUCAUAAAUAACAGCGAGCAACAAAUAACAAUGUCGACGAUGGAAGGUUCACUUAGUAAAUGGACAAAUGUUGUUAAUGGAUGGCAAUAUCGUUGGUUUGUUUUAGAUGAUAAUGCUGGUCUUCUAUCGUAUUAUACGAGUAAAGAAAAAAUGAUGAGAGGAGCACGUAGAGGAUGUGUACGUUUAAGAGGUGCUAUUAUAGGUAUUGAUGAUGAGGAUGAUAGCACAUUUACAAUUACUACAUCAUCAUACAAAGAUGAUCCAAAAACAUUUCAUUUUCAAACAAGAAAUGCAGAGGAACGAGAACGUUGGAUUCGUGCUUUAGAAGACACUAUAUUACGUCAUUCACAUGCUAGAUGGGAUCCUAAAAAAUCUCCUCCAAAGCAAGACUUUGAUCGCAAAGUAGCUGAAGCAGAUGCUUACCUUCAAUUAUUGAUUGAUCAAAUAAAAUUAAUUGAAACAAAACAAAGAUCUGUUGCUACAGAAGAUGAAGAAAAGCAACAAAAAUAUGCAGCAAUUUUAACUCAAGCCAAUGCGAUGCUCAAUUCAGUUAAACAUACAAUUGUUCAAUUACAAAUUGCAAAGAAUACAGCAAUACCUGUAAAUGGAGUAUAUAGGGGACCCACUGAUUCAAUACAUGUUUCGUCUUCAUUAUCUCAUGUUGCUGUUAGAGAGCCAGAAGCAACUGUACAGACUGGUAUUGAAUUAGGUUCUGAAUGUGUAGAACUAAGGGUACCUACAUUGCCAAAUGCUGUUGUGGAUAGGGAUCUUCCUGUACCCCAAUUCUCUUAUUCAUCUUCGGAUGAAGACGAAGAUUAUUAUGAUGCAGCAGACGAAAUAUCACCUCCUUCUGUAAUGCAAAAUCAUAUCAGUAUUAGAAGACGAGAUAGUGAACGUUCACAUGUGGAUGUAUCGAACGAAAAUCGGAAGCAAAAUCCGUUACCACCUACAAAAGGUGAUGGCACCGUUGAUUACGAUGCCCUUUAUGAAGAGGAAAGUGAAACAGAAAUGGAUUCCAUGGAAUCCCAUGGAUCCGUAGUGACUCAUCUUCUAUCUCAAGUGAAAAUUGGUAUGGAUUUAACAAAAGUAGCAUUACCUACAUUCAUUUUGGAGCGCAGGUCGCUUCUUGAAAUGUAUGCAGACUAUUUUACUCAUCCAAAUCAGUUUGUAAGCAUAGCGGAUAUGUCUACUCCUAAAGAUAGAAUGGUUCAAGUAGUUCGUUGGUAUUUAUGCAGUUUCCAUGCAGGUCGUAAAUCAGGGGUAGCUAAAAAACCAUAUAAUCCAAUAUUAGGUGAAAUGUUUAGAUGUCAUUGGGAUAUUCCUAAUGAUGCUAUAGAUAGUUCUAAUGAUACAAAACUAGUUGUUGGAGGUCCUGUACCUUGGUGCAAAGAAAAUCAGCUUUCAUUUAUUGCUGAACAAGUUUCUCAUCAUCCUCCCAUAAGUGCAUUUUAUGCUGAACAUUAUGCAAAAAAGAUUAGUUUUGGAGCGCAUGUAUGGACAAAAAGCAAAUUCCUUGGACUGAGUAUAGGAGUACAUAAUGUUGGAAAGGGUUGGGUAAAUGUAUUACAACAUGGGGAAGAAUAUGUAUUGACUUUCCCAAAUGGUUAUGGUAGAUCUAUUCUCACUGUACCAUGGAUAGAGUUAGGGGGGACUGCAAAUAUCCAUUGUACGCAAACUGGUUACCAUGCUGCUGUAGAAUUUUUGACAAAACCUUUUUAUGGCGGUAAACGUAAUCGAAUUACAUGUCAAAUUACACAACCAGGAGAUAAGAAACCAUUUGUUGUUAUAAACGGAGAAUGGAGUGGUGCCAUGGAAGCAAAGUGGGCUGAUGGAAGGACUGAAGUUUUUGCGGAUGUUAAAGAACUUUACACUCAAAGAAAAUUAGUGAAGCCAGUGUGUGAACAAGAAGAACACGAAUCACGAAAAGUUUGGCGGGAUGUAACUGUUGGAUUAAGGAUUAACGACAUGGAAAAGGCAACAGCUGCUAAAUGUGCAAUCGAACAAAAACAACGAGAUGAAGCACGUAAUAGAAAAGAAAACAAUAUUAAUUGGCAAACUAAGUUGUUCAAAGAAACGAAAGAUGGUAGUUGGGUCUAUGUAAAACCACUUGCAGACAGAUUACAUUCUUGUUCCAAUCAAAGUGCUACAACAUAAAUAAUUUGCUGCAGUUUUAGAUAUUGCACAGUACUAGAAAUUUAAGGCCUAACACAUAUGAUUAAUAAUAUGUUUACUAAUUUUAAAUCUAAUGACUCUGUGCUAUGCAGAAGAACAAAACUGAAAGGUAUUAUAAAUUCCUUCCUUAACAUUUUUUUUUUAUAUAAACCUGAUUAAGUACAAUAGCAAAUAUUUAAAUACCAUACAAUAUUAAGAUUUCAUUGAAAGGUACAUAUGUAUUUUGAUAGCAGGCAAAUUAUUUUUUAUAAUAUAUUGUCACAGAUAUAGUUACUGCUUUAAAGGAAACAAGUUUACAUAGUAUUGUGCUAUAUAUUAUAUGUUGACAUCGACAUACAAGCUUAUGUACUGUUAAAAAAAUAUAUACAGCUAUAAAAACAA